AUGUCUUAUCAGGGUAGACAUCCUAGUGUCCAAAAUUUUCUAUUCAACACAGUAACUUAAUAAAUAUUAAAUAUAUAUAAUAUCAUUUCUUUUAUUUAAGUGGCUCGCUUCUACGAUAAUCAAUAGAUAUAAAGUUAUCUAAAAAUUCCAAAAACAAAUAUUAUCUUAAUCACUACUCUUUCUAGUAAUAAAUAUGGAGCAAAUGACAUAUCUAAUGUAGUGUAUUACGAUGACAUUUCGAAAAAUGAAGACAACAUCAUUAAUGCAAUCAAGCCUGAUUAUACAAUUGUAUAAAUGGAGUAUAUUUAGAAAAAUAAUUAAAUUCUAAUUGUUAGUCCAAAUCAGCUAAUAGCAGCAAAUGUUUAUACAUUAGAGAUAGUAAAGUUCCUCAUAUUUAGAAAUCCAACAGGUGUAAGCCUUAUUUAAGGCACUGACUUAGCUAUUUUAACCACUAGAGCUUGUAUAUUCUACAUAAUUGAUGUUGUUUAGUUUAAACAGAUAUAUUCUGAAGAUGCUUGCUACUAUAACUAUAAUGUUAAUAGUUUUCUUAGAUAUCCAAGAACAUAAAUCCUUAAUAAUGGGAAAAUUUUUAUAACAAUAAAAGAUGAUUUUGGAUUUCAAGCUUGGUCUUUAAAUUUAACAACAUACUAACUUCAAUAUCAUAAUUAUCUCCCAAAACCAUUUACAUACACAUGGUAUUCAGAUAUAGACUUCUAUUAUGAUUGGAAUUUGAUAUUUUUAGUUGGCGAUUAUUACUUACUUAGCAUUUUAUAAAUUGGAGAUUUAAGUUUGAAUUAAUUUACUGUAUUAAAAUAAAUGAAUUUGAUGGAUUGGGGCAAUAAUUUUUGGAAUGUUAAAUUUAUUUAAUUUACUGAAUAAUCUAAAUAGAAUUUUAGCUUAUUUAUGAGUGACCCUAACUCCUUAUUCAGACUUGAUUUUACCAUUAUAGGGAAUUAGUUAACAUAAUCAAUAGAUUCUCUUACUUUUGUAUUUGCUACUUAGGAUUUUCCUGUACGUUUUUAAGGAACUUAGUACACUAAAUGGUAUUACCUUUAAGAAAACAAAUAGUUAUUGAUACCUAUGGAUAAUAAUUUUUCAUACUAGACAUAUAGUUUAGUUUUUUCUUAUCAAGAUAAUAAAACUAUAAGGCGUUAAUUUUACUAUGCUAAUGGAUGGAUAAAAAUAUUUCCAGUUAAUCAAAAUAACAUAAAUUAUUUUGUCUCAGUUUGUUAAUGUUAAAUUAAAGUUAUAUAAAAUACAAUUGAUGGUGAUGUUAUAUGGUAUACAAGUUUUCCUGAAGGCAACAUAUUUGGAAAAGAAAACUAUUUUAUUUAAGUUCAAAAUUACCCUAAAGGUUUUUUUGGAUUGAUGGAUACUGAAUCAAUAAGCUAUUUUGAGAUAUUUUCAAAUCAAAAUAUUUAAAGUUUUAAAUUAAGUUAAAUUAAUGUUACUUUGGCGAGAAUGAGUUAUGUAUUGACUUCGUUUAUGGAUUAAGAAAACAUUCUUUGGUUUAUUACAGGUUUACCUUAUAAAGACAAUAAUGAAAAUUUUUUAUUCUGGAUGAUUGAUUUUAAAAUUUAAAAGGCAAAAACUUUGUUUUCAGAUAAUUUAGAUGACAAUUUGAAUAAAACUUGUUACGCUUUAUAUUCAGAAAAAAAUCAUUCUCUUGUAGGAUUAGAUGUAUUAGGAAAUGUAUAUGUAUGGGAUUCACUAAAUUAAUAUAAAUUUAAAUAUAAAAAGACAAUAACUAAAUACUAAUGUUAUAAAUCGGUAAUGGGUCAAUUAUAUAAUGAUGGCAACAAUAUUUAUUUAAUUGUACUGUGUGAUGAUCAUAAGGUAAUUAGUUUUAAUAUAGAUACAGAAGAUACUUAACUACUAAUUCAAAUGUCUUCUGAUUCACUUCAUAUUAAUUGUUUUGAAGAUAUUUAAUUGAUUGGUAUUGGAGAAAGCAAUACAGGAAGUGUAUUUUUAUUUAGAUAUAAUUAAAAUAGCAAGAAUUUUGAGUCUUUUUUUAAAAUAUAAACCAUUAAAUAUAAUGAUAAAACAAUAAAUUUAAGUUAUUUAGCUGAUUCUCAAUAGCUCUUUAUCUAAUACUACUACAGUAACAACUUUUUACCAAUAGGAAUGUGCUUAGAAAAUGUUUAAAAUUGUUUGAAUUGUUAGAUGGAUUUUUAUUUUAAAACAACUGAAACUUAACAAUAAGAUUAUUUAUUUGGGCUAGGAACAAGUGAAUCUCCAUUUUUAAGUUCAUAAAAUUUGAUAACAACCUUUUUACUGGCAUAGCAAUAUAAUCAAUUAAUAGAUGGGAUUUAGAAGAUUAACAUCAAUAUUUAUAUUCACACAGAAAAUUCUUUGAAAUUAUUUCAAGAAUUGUUAGAUAUUUAAUUUAGUAAUGUAAUAUAAUUAAUGAUAAGAAGUGCAGAUCCUUUAAAAUAAUCUUAAAUAAAUAUUACAAAUAGCCUUUAAUUUAAUUAAUUUAAUUCUUUAUAUUUAUAAAAUAUAAUAUUCUAUUUUAAAUAUUUGGAUAACUAAAUUUAUUAGUGUGGAUUAUAAAUAAAUAAUAUAAUUGGAAUUGUAAAUAUUGAUAAUAUCGACUAUUAGUCUUCGAAUGCUACAUAUUCCUAAAAUUGCUAUUCUCUUCAAAUAAGUAAUUCCUCUGUAACUUUGUAAAAUCUAAAUAUAUCAAAUAAAGAUUUUUCUUAAUUUUAAGAUAUAAUUUAAGUUAGUGAUUCAAAGCAGCUUGUGUUAGAUAAUUUCAUUCUUGAAAAUUCAAUUUUAAACAGUUAGUUUAGCAUUGUAAAGUAGUUAAGUGAAACUAGUAUAACAAUCAAAUAGAUGAUUAUUCAAAACAAUAUCUGUGAUAUAAAAUAAAAUGCAAAUUCGCAGUAUGUAGGCUAACUCUUUCAAGCAGGUUAAUUUAAUGUCAGUAACAUGCAAAUCAUAGGAAAUCAAUUUUGUAAUUCAAAAAUAUUUUCAACUAUUAGCACUAUAAAUCAGAAAAACUAUAAUAUUUUGUUUGAUAAUAUUAUCAUACAAUAUAACAAAUUUUACACAAUAACUUCACAUCUAUUUUAUAACGCAAUAUAUACCUUUAAUCCAUUACCAUAGCAUUCUCUAUAAUUAAGUAAUAUUUACACAUCAGAUAAUUAGUAUCUUCCAAAUAUUUAAAAUGAAUAUACAAAUAAUUUAAGCAUAACUUCAUUAAUAUUAUUAGACAAAAUAGCAAAUAUAACUGCCAAAAAUAUAUCAUCUAAAAAUUAAGACUAAAUCACUUUUUUAAGAGCUUCAUAAUCAUAGGUUAGUAAAUUAUACAACAUAUCAUGUCUUAAUGAUUAAAAUUUUUAUUAAAAUUCAAAAAAAACUUAAUAAAUGUAUGCAGGUUGUUUAUAUUUUAUUGAAGUUAAUUAAAUUAACCUGAAUUUAUUUAAUUCUAGUUAUAUUAAUGCUGUUGAUAAUUCUGUCAUAAUUAUCUAAAAUAUCAAUUACAAAAACAAUUUGAUUGACUUAAAUAAUAUUGAAAUAUUUAGUUCUUCAUUCAAAUAAACAUUACCAAAUUCUUAUUCGAACCCAUUGUUCAUUGCUUGUGAUUAAGUCUCUAAUAUUUAAAUAUUAAAUUCUAAUUUUUAUGACAAUACUCUCAAUGGUUUCGUCAAUUCUUUAACUUAGUCAACAACAGCUAUUUAGAUAAUUAAUUCUCAAGGAGAUAUGCUUAUUUAAGACACAUAGUUUAGCAAUUCUAAGUCAGAUUCUCACUAUAAUUUUGCAUUUAUAUAGUGCAACAACACUUAUAUAAAUAGAUGCUCAUUUACAAAUUCUUCUUAUGAUUUAUAGGAUAACACAGCAUUAUUCAUACAAUAAGGAGGAUGUCUAAGAAUAAAAUCAAAUACAUUUCAAUUGUAUAAUUCUAUAUUCUCUUAAUCAACUGCUAGUAUUGCUUCUUUUGUUUACCUAGAACCACUAAGUAACUAAAUGGAUAAUAUAUUCUUAAAUACUUCAUUUUCUUAAGGUUACUCUAGCUUAGAUGGAGGAGCUGUAUACAUAAAUUCUUAGAAUUCUUAUAUAAGCUUGAGUAUAAAUAAAUGUAAUUUUACUGAUAUUUACUCACUUUAUCCAUCAUCAAGUGUAGUUUCAAUUAAGAAUCAAGCAACAUAAGGUCAGUUAGGAAGACUCUAUAAUUUCACUUUAAACAAUGCUUUAUUAACAAAUAUUUUAGGAAACACAGAUUCUAUUUUUUUUAAUGCAAAUGAUGCUGAUAUCAUUAUUUAAAAUUUAACAUCUUUCAAUAAUAUGUAAAAUUAUGAUUAUCCUAUUCAAUUUUCAAAAAUACUUGCUCCAGAUAAUAUAUAAGCAUGCACAUUUAUUAAUUCUGAAAAUUCAAACAUUAAAAUAAAUAAUACAAAUUUUUAUGAUUUGAUUUCUUCCUAGGAAUCGUCUCUACCUCUUUUAAUUAAAUCGAUAAAUUCAACUAUCUUAGUAAAAAAAUUAAAUGCAACGAAAUGUUAAUUUUAACCAAGUCUAAUAGAUAUCACAUAAAGUAAAUUAGAGAUUAGUCAAAGCAGGUUCAAUAAUAUGUUUUAAAUAAAACCUCAAAGGAUUCUUGAAAAUAAUGCUUUAACUUAAUAAAUUAAAAAUAAUUCUUUGAUUUAAUUAAACAGAUCUAGUGUUUUGAUAAAUGAUAACUCAUUUUUUAGUGAAAUUAUUUGCACUUAGAAUUGCUAUGGCUCUUGUUUAUCUUUAGUUUACUCAAAUUUUGGUAUAUAAAACACCUAUUUCAAAUAAAAUAAAGCAGUUAAUGGAGGAGCAAUAGCGAUCUUAGGAAAUAAUCAAAUGACUAAUUUAAUUCAAAGUUCGAGCUUUUUUUAAAAUACAGCAAUAAAAAAUGGAGGUUCAAUUUAUUUGUAAACUGAUAUAAAUGAUAUUUUCAAAAUGUAAAUUGUUGAAUCUUAAUUUCGAGAAAACUCAGUUGAGUAAGGUAAUGGAGGUGCUUUUUAUAUAUUGGCAUAAACUGUUAACUCAAGUUAAUAAUAGAUAAUGAUUUAAAAUACUGAAAUUAGUAAUAACAAGGCUAUAAUAGGUGGUGGAAUUUAUAAUUAAGGAGUAAACCCUAAAAUAGAAAAAAGUUUGAUUUCAUUUAAUUAGGCUUUGUAUUAUGGAAAUGAUUAAUUUUCUUAUCCAACAUAACUUUAUAAUGUCAACUAUCAAAGUUUUUAAUAUUAACAUUAAAAUUAGAAUUAAAUUAUAUUUAACAAUUUUAAAAGUGGUGAUAAAUUUCCUAAAUUUAUCUUUGAGCUAAGAGAUAAUAGCAGUAAACCUGUAAUAUAUACUGAAGGAUAGCAAAUUAAAGCUCAAAUAAGAAUAAGUACAAAGACAGUAAAUUCUUCUCAAUAUUAUUUUAGAGGAAAUACUAUCUAAUAAAUUGAUCCUAUCAAAAAUAUUUUUAUAUUUGAUGAUCUAGAUUUGAUAGGUAUUCCUAAUUCCUAAUUGAUAAUAGAAUUUAUUUCAGAAUCAAUAAAGAUAUUUAACAAUUAAACAUAAACAUUUGAAAAUAAUUAUACAUUUGAAGUGCAUGUUAAUUUUAGGAAUUGUGUUUAUGGAGAGAUCAUUAAUUAGUAUAACAAUUAUAAAGAAUGUUAAACUUGUGAGGAUGGUAAAUAUUCAUUAGAUUUUGAAGCAUGUUAUUCCUGUCCUUCUGGAGGAUAAUGCUAAAAUGGAUUAGUUAAUCUCUAAAGUGGAUUUUGGAGAAAAGAAGAGCAUAGUUUAUAAAUAUUAUAAUGCUAUAAUAGAUUAUAGAAUUGUAUAGGAACAUCAUUUGGAAAUAAUGUUUACCAUUAAGGAAAUAUAGGACCACUAUGCGAAGAAUGUGAUAUUCAUGGAGAGUUUUGGUAGAAAAGCUAUACAAGAAGUUCAAAGUUUUAGUGUGAGUUAUGUGAAAGUAUUAGAUAUGAUUUUUGGAAACUGGCUCUUACUUUUCUUUGGAUUACAAUUUCUAUAUUUUUUACUGUUAAGAACGAUGAGAGUUUUUUCUUAAAAAGAAUAUUGAUAAACAACAUUCGCAAAAAAUCGAAAAAAAUCCAAUACGAAAGUUAUAAAAUUGAUAAUCUUAGUUAAAAGGAUAGAUCAAAUAAGCUUUAAAACUCAAAAUAAAAAAUUUUAUCUAAAAAUUAUAUUAAGAUUUUUACAAACUAUGUUCAAAUAGUUAGUACUACAGUCUCAUUCAACUUAAACCUUGAUUCAUAUUUUGUAGAAGUUUCUACAUAUUUAGGAACUCCAAUAAAAACAUCUAUUGAUUUUUUAGAAUGUUUUCUUAAAGAUAGUUAAAUAUAAAUACCUUAAAUUUACAAGAAGUUAAUUUUUUCUUUAAUUUCUCCUUUUAUUAUUUUAGCAUUAUUUGCUUUUAUCCUGAAAUUUAACUAAAAAUUUGUAGAUAAAUCAAUCAAAUUUAAAAUACACUAACUCUAUACAGGAUCAAUAUUCUUAUUUUUGUAUCUUUAACCAGAUUUAGUUUCUUAAAUGAUAAGUCUGCUUUCAUGUAGAUAAAUUGGGGACACCUCUUACAUACUAAGUAAUAUCAAUUAUGAAUGCUAUACAUACAGCUAUAAAUAUUAUAGCUUGAGCUUAAUAGUUCCUUUCUUAAUUAUAUGGGUUAUAAUAAUUCCUUUUGCUCUAUUAGUUUACAUUAAAAAGAAUAAAAAAAACUUAGAUAGUUUAUUUAUAAAUAUGAAAUUUGGCUUCUUGUACAGAGAGUACAAAAGCAAUGUUUAUUAUUGGGAGUUCAUAAAAAUAGCAUAAAAAAUAUCAAUAAUACUUGUACUUAACCUUUAUUAUCAGAAUUAGAUUGUAAAAGGCUGUAUUAUAACAUUGAUUAUAACAGGUUAUGGAUUAUAUGCAAAUAAAUUAUAACCUUACUUAGAAGAUAACUACAAUUAGUUAGAUAGCUUAUCCACAAAGGUAUGCGCUUUAACAGUAUUUCUUUGUGUUUUUAUAAGCGGAAAUGAUUACAAUUAUUUAUUGAUUAUUUCUUUAAUCAUAAUCUUAAUAAUUAAUAUUUAUUUUGUUAUAACCAUUUUAAUAAGAGUAAUUGAUAGUAAGAAACAUAGUUUAUUAAAAAUAUUUUCUUAUCUGAAAAAUAAAUUAUUACAUAAAAAAGAACAAAAAAUUGAAAAAAAACAAAUAAAUAAAGAAUUAAAGAAAAAGAUAAGAAGAAUUCUGUUAAAUUAUUAAUCAUUUAGUAAAGAUAAUAAAUUGAGCAUCAAUCUUCUUUUAUAUAAUCAUUAAACAAGCUUAAAAGAAAACUCAAAUGUGUAAAUGCUUAAUCUAUUCUCAUAGCUUGAUAAAUAAGGCAAAGUACCAUAUAAUAGCUAAAGUUCUGAUUUGCAAUCUUUGUCAACUUUAUAAAACCAAAUAUGGGAGACAUAAAGUUAAAAUUUCAUAAUUUCUUAAAGCAAAAUAUAAAAAUUGACAGAAUUAGAAACUAAAUUUAUGCAAUUCACCAAUAAAAUUGAUAAAUCAUAAAUAAAUUUAAAUAAAAGAAUAAAUAUUUAAAAUCCAUUUCAUGAAAGAUCUAAAAUAAAGUAGUUAGAUGCUGAAUAAUAAGUGAAUUAAGAUUUUUAAAUAACAGAGCGAAGUAUAAAAAAAAAUAAUUUAUGA